CGAGACCCUGCGAGGCCGUGCUCCGCCGGCCCCGGCGUGCCCUCGCGCGCGCGGCUGCGGUCGCAUCGGCAUGCGGGGCGCGGGCCUGGCCGAGCGCACGCGAUGAGCGAGGAGGGGCAGGCGAAGCCUGACGUCGAGGGCAGGGAGGACGACGAGGAGCAGGAGGAGGACGAGGCAAGCCUCGACAAGAAGAAGGGCAAGAAAAGCAAGGCGAAGGGCAGCGCCGCGGCGCCCGGGGAGGAGGCGGCGGCCGCCGAGGGGGAGAAGGGCGAAGGAGACGGGAUCAGCAGCCAGGAGCAGCUGAUGCAGCUCCUGCGGCGCUCCCGCACCUGCGAGGAGUCCCGACGCCAGACCGAGAGGGCGCACCCCUUCUGGGACACGCAGCCCGUGCCCUCCAUGGCCUCGGAGUACUCGAAGGACGGGGGGCCGAUCGACGAGAUCAAGAAGCCCGAGGAGGUGCGCGACGAGCCGUACGCGCUGCCCGACCAGUUCGAGUGGUGCGAGGUCGACGUCGACGACGACGUUCAAGCGCAAGAGGUCUACGUUCUUUUGCGCGACAACUACGUCGAGGAUGACGACAGCAUGUUCCGCUUUGAUUAUUCGAUCGCAUUCUUGAGGUGGGCGCUGAAGCCGCCGGGCUACAUCAGGAAGUGGCACCUGGGCGUGCGGGUCAAGUCGCAGAGCUCCAGCGGGAAGCUGGUGGGCUUCAUCACGGGCAUACCCGCCAACAUCCAGGUGCACGACGCAACGGUCGCGAUGACGGAAAUCAACUUCUUGUGCGUCCACAAGAAGUUGCGGUCCAAGCGUCUCGCGCCGGUGCUGAUCAAAGAGAUCACGCGACGGGUGAACAAGGAGAAUGUCUGGCAAGCGGUCUACACCGCGGGCGUCGUGCUGCCGCGGCCCGUGAGCGAGUGCCGCUACUACCACCGGAACCUGAACCCGAAGAAGCUUAUCGAGGUGGGCUUCUCGCACCUCGGCAACCGCAUGACGAUGGCGAGAACCAUCAAGCUAUACAAGCUCCCGGAGUCAACGAAGGCCAUGCUGCGCUGGCCCCCCUGA